AUGAUGGAUGAAGAGGAAGGCCACCAUGGCCCACCGGAUGACGAAGCUUUCUUCCAAGAUGCUUGGGAGGACGACUCCUGGUUGUCCAUGCCGGCUGACGAGACCGACCAGGACGUUCUUGUCGUACAGCAAUUUGAAGAAAGUUUGAUCGAUGUGCUCCAAGGGGACCCUGAGACAGCAGCUUGUUACAACACGUACUUGGAAGCGCGCCGCAAGAUCACCGAGAAGGCUCGCAGCCGUGGCUUCUGGCCCAUCAAGGGUCAGUCCUCCGGCGGCAAGUUCAAAGGAUCCUUGAAAGUGAAUGCCACAGGUGCGGCAAAGUGGGGACACUGGAAAGCUGAAUGCCCGAAGCGGUUUGAGAACGCCUCUGAUGGCAAGACGGCCACCACAGCUUUCACGGGGAAUGUCCUCACAGAGGAUGGCUUCGAUGACAUAAUCUUGAUCGACGACCCUGGAGCCUCUCCGAAUCAGGAUGCUGCUUGUGCUGAUUUGAA